AUGACUGAAACAGACUUUGUCUGCUUUGACACUGGAAGGGAAAAAUUUGAAAGCUAUAACAUUGAUGUGCUCCUAAGAGACUCAUUAUUAUUAAAUGAGGGUGAUAAAGCAAAUGAGGAAACAGAACUACCUCAAAGUGAAGAUGCUGCUAAGGAUGUAGAGGAAGAACUUAAAGAACCUUCAGAUACUGAUGACAAGGACGUGGAAAAUUCUGAGCUGUUUAAUACAGAAGGAGCCACUGAAGAGCCAGAUGACACACUGAAUGAAAGUUCCUCACAGCCUGCUGAACUGUCUCAUCAGCCAUUGGCAGUAACAGCUUCAGAUGAAAAGGAUAAAGACAUUUUAUAUGUUGCCAAUAGCACAGAUGAAUUUAGUCUUGUUGAGGUAGAUGUUGCAGAGUCUGAAACUUUGGAGCUAUCAGUAGCCAAAGACAUUCCAGCUAAGCCUUUGCCUUUAGAUUCAGUCAUUUUCGAGGAAGGUCAACCCAUCACACAGACAGAUGCUCUGCCUGAACUAAAAACUACACUAGGUACAACUUUUGAUGCUGUUACUUCGGAUGAUGAACUCACACAAAGGGUAACCCCUUAUGAUGAUGAGGAGGAAAGUAAUGGAUUAGUUGAAAAGCCCAGUGAACAAGAAGAUAAAAGUCUUAAAGAGCCUCCACUGCUAAAAUUUAUAGAGAGGCCCUCAAAUUUUGAGGAUGAAAGUCAAGAUGCAGUUGAGUCAAAUGAUGAACAAGCUCCUCUUGAGUCUACAGUGAAAGUGCAAGAUGAUGCUACUGUGGCAACCCAUGGGAAUACUGUUCUUAAAACUUUAACUGAUGAUGACAUUACAGAUUUGCAUGAAGAUGCCAAAGUUAUGGAUUUACUUGAAGAUGACAGUGCUGAUGAGGAUGAAAAGGACGAGGAGAUAGGUGAUGAGAAGGAAGACGAUGAGGAGGCGAUUGAGAAGAAGGAAAAUUAUAGCAAUAUUCACACUUCCAAAUCUGAGAAUGAUUCAGAGAAUUAUCAGAGUAUUCAUGUUCAAAGCUCAGAAACAAGUGAACAAACAGAUACAGUAAAACAUUCUGGUAAUGAGGCUGAGGCACAGGAACCCAGUUCAGCAAAUGACACUAAGUAUACACAAGUAACAGACCAAAAAGAUACAACAGAAAUACAAGAGAUUAUGACCAGUGAGAAAUCUGAAGCUUUAUUGGAGACCAUUAAUGAUACUGCUGUUGACUCUGAACUUGAUACCCAGACCUUUAACUUGGAAGACAGCUCUGUGUUGGACAAACCAGUUGAGUCAUUUGCAGACAGUACUAUUAACACAGAUUCGCAGAAAUCUAAAGCUCAGUUGCUAGAAGAUGUACAAAACACAGACCAGGAUGAGGAGCAUUCAAAUGAACAAAUGAACAAAGUGAAAAAUGACAUCAUCAACUUACUUGAAGAUACACUAAAAACUGAGAAAAGUAAACCUGAUGUUGAAGAUGAAACUGAGGUUUAUGAGGACAGUGAGGAUGUUGAAGACCUACUAGAGGAUGAAAAUGCUGUAUUAGCCAGCAAAACUGAGGGCACUGACAAAGGUGAGAAAAUAGAGCCAUCCCUGGACUUGGAAGAGGACCCUGAAGCUACAUUGGAACACCCUGAUUUGGUCACACCACAUAAAACAGAUUUAACCAAACAAACAAAUGAAAACGCAUUGGAACAGGAAGGAUCCAUGGACCUCUCAAUCUCACCAAAAACAAAAGAAAACACUAUACAGUCUGCAGAUGGUGCAGAUGAAGUUCAGUACAAUUCUACCACAGAGGAAGAGCCUGAAUAUAGUGACAGUGUGUUGAGACUCACACUUUUAAAAGACCACUUUAAAGAUAAGGAAAUUAAACGUGUUCUGCAACACUUUAGCCUCAAAGACCUCUUUAAAAUUGAAUUCAUGUUUGAAGAGUUGGAGCAAAAGUUGAAAUCUGCCAGACAGUCCUCCUCACAGACCGAUAAGGACGUAGAAACAACCCUUGAAAGUAUACUAGAGGUUUCAGAAAAGGCUAUACUUGAUGAGAUUGACAAGAUUCUGGAACUCAGGGAACAGAAGGCAUUAGAACUUGGACAGCAAAUAGAUCCAGCCAUGUUUGAUGGGGAGGCUGCCAUUUUGGAUGAUUUUCAGGAGCUUGCCUUUUCUCUGCAUCAAAAAUACAGUGACAGUGUUCCAUUAGUGGAGGAGAGCAAGUCGCGCAUUACAGAGAAUCUAACUGUGUCUGAAGAAAAUGAAAAAUUGGUAGACAUGGAAAAUAUCCCGCUGACUGAGGCAACAGAAAGUCCUGAAGUCCAAACAGAUGCUGAUGAACUGUCUAAUGUAAAUGAUCAAGAUCAGCAGCCACCUAGCCAAGACUUGGGCCUAGAGGAGGAUGGUGGCCAUUUUAAUAAAAAUGAGGACAUUCAAGCAGGCUUUCAAGACAAAGCGGAGAUUCAGAGAGGACCACAGGCUAUUGAGGAAAAAUCAUUAGACAUUCAGUUUGGCUUUGAGAUGGAUCAUUCUUCAGAUUCAUUGGAAUCUCCAAGGUCCUCUGAUUUCCAUGAUAAAGAGUACCAUGACGAAGCAAGCGUAUCCACUACAGGUCAAGUUUGGGGAUUGCUUGUUUUUGGCUUUGAACUAUUUGGAACAUAUACAGAAAUUCUGAUAGCUUCCCUGCCUGAGGAAUGGCAGCCUGGUCCUACAUUUCAUGGACUGCCCUGGAAGCCAGUGUUCGCUACAGCUGCAGUUGGAAUCCUCACAAUUGUCAUGUUCUUCUGGAAGACUGUUCUUGCUGUCAAAAGCAGAACGUAUCUCUUAACUGAAAAGCAACUUGCAUCAAGAAUUCAACAGCUUGUCAAUGAGAAAUCUGAUGUCCUCUUCAAAAUAACAGAACUGAAAAAUAUGAUCAAGCAACAUGAGGAAAAGCUCAAGAAUUCAGAAAAUUCACGAUCUUCUACGCAAAAGGAGUUUGACAGUCUUAAGACAUCCUACAAAGAACUUUGCAACCAGAGGGAAAAAAUGACGACUGAUUUUUCUAAGCUCAGUCAAAAAGUUGCAAACACACAGAAAGAGAACACAGCUCUCAAUGAGAAGAUCUCAAUAAUGCAUCAGGAAAUUGAGAAGUACCAAAAAACCUUGACGCUAUAUGAUGAGGACUGCUCCAAGGUUAAGAUUCUUAUGGAUGAGGCUAAACUUAGGGAAGAUGCUGUGAAAGCUCAGCUGCUGUCUUUUGAAAAAGACAGCAUUGCCUUAAAAGAACAGAAAAAAUCUCUUUUGCGUGAAGCCAAAGACUGGAAAGAAAAGCAUGAAAAGCUUAGUGAGGAGAUUAAAGUCUAUCAUAAAACACAGAAAGAGUUGGAGGACUCCCUUGUGCACAAGGAAAAUGAGAUCGAUGUUUUGUCUGGUUGCAUUGCUGAGCUGCAGAGUCUAGAGGCCUGUGAUGGUACAGAUCAUAAGGGUGAUUCUAAGGUGGCCUCUGGGGAAGCAGACAAGAAAGGGGAUCCUAUUAAACUGCGCCUUAAACAAAUGAUGGACGUCUCCAGGAUCAAGACUACACUUUCUGUCAUUGAGGAUGAGCGCAAUCGCUGUUUGGAGAACUACUUGACUGAACAGAAAGCUAGACAGGAACUUGAAGAGAAAUUUCAGAAGGUCCUCCAUGACCUGACAAAUCUAGCAAAUGAUAAAACACAUUUGGAAAACCAAUUCAAGAACCUUCAACAGAGACUUGAAAUAACAACUGAGUUGUACCAGCAGAAAGAAAAUGCACUUCAGCAAAAGUUGACUCAGGAAGAGCUGGAGCGGCGUGAGAAGGAAACCAAGCUCUCAGAGGUUGAUGGCCGAGCUGUGCAGGCUGAAGAAGAAUUGAAAAGCCUAAAACAGAAAGUCAGGGACAUGCAGGAUGAAAUGCAGCAGAAUGAAAGAGCCCUCAAAGCAGAAAUUGCUGGUCAGGAAAAGAAAGCUCAUGAGAACUGGCUAAAAGCCCGUGCUUCUGAACGUGCCCUGAUUGAAGAGAGAAGGGAGAGUGCCAAUCUGCGUCAAAAGAUUGUGGAGUGCAGUGACAAAAUGGCCGAUUUGGAACAUGCUCUACACAAGUCUGGUCCUCCAGGGCAUCACAUGCCCCCUCUUCGAAGAGGUGAUUCAUUCGGGCCUUCCCCUGUGAGCUGCGGUGCUCCCUCUCCUCCUUUAAUGAUAGAAGGUCCUGGCCGCCCCCCAUCUGCUCCUGUAGGACGAAGGAAUGAGCCAUUUGGGCCGAGACCUCCCUCUGAUGCUCAUGGCCGUUUCUCAGACCUUGGACAUCCUCUGCCGUCUCGACCAGAAGUGUUUGCUCCUCGAACAUCAUCUCCUUGCACACAAAAUGGAUCGCAAACCUCCCCAGUAGAUACAAAGGCUGAGGCCUCAACGCAGGCCACCACUGAUACUACAGAGGCAGUCAAGUCUCAGGGCCAGGAAUCAUUUCUUCCAUCUCCUAUCAGAGACUCUCCUGUUACAGCUUUAAAUACCCCUCCAAAGGCUUAUGGCCUCCAAACAAUGGGUGGACCACAUUUUCCUCCAUCUAAUGGACCAGUUCCUCCAAUGAUACGACCACCCAAUGGCCAUGCACCCAUGAUUCCUCCCAGGCUGCCUUAUGGACCACAUGGACUGCCCCACAUGGACUCCUACAGACCUCCUCCUCCUCUUCGCCCGUUUGCACCUAUCCCGCCACCUUUUGUGCGUGGACCACCUCCGAGAGACCUUCCCUCCAUGGGACCCCUGCCAAUACCACCAUUUGGUGUACGUGACUAUCACUCUGAUUAUGCUGGACCUCGUGAUUUGCAUUUCGCUCCUCGGCCCUUUCCUCCUGGACCGAUGCCACCUCCUGGAGCCAUUGCGAACUCUCCAUAUGUUGUACACGGACAAGAUCCACCUUUGAGCCAGCCUUCAAUGGCUGGUGAGGAGACACCACGUGCUGCGGAUUUUCCACCUCAGCAGGUGGUUACCCAGAGCACGGCCACUUCUACAGUGGCUGAGCCUUGAACAACUAACCAUCACCAACCAGCAGAGACUUGACAUGACAUUCUAAUAGUUCAAUUUUAUUACAUUUCCAGUUUUCUACCAGGUUAAAUGGUAGCCAGUUGCCACCUGCAAGUUGUCUUACUACAGUGACACCACAGUUUUCAGUCUGGUAGGGCCUGGGCUAACACAGACUUCCUUUAAGACAUCACUGCUGCACAUAAUACAUCCAUGUUCCAUAUACUUAGCUCAAUAACAUAAUUGACAAGUGUUGCUUUAAUUGUCAGAAGAACAAGAGAGCCAUCUUUCACCACCUUUAAGCCCAUUCCUGGACACUGAUGGAUGUGGCAUCAAUCAGGACUUGUCUGAACAACAGGACAAGGGCUUUAUAGUUUCUAAGACUAGAAACUUUGAAAACCACAUUAAAGAAUAAAAAGCUUCAAAA